GGUGACACUCAACAUCAUGACGUAGACGACACCGCCGCGUCGUCAAUGAGCGAUGCUCACGGCGAUGCAGAGCGUGAUAGCGACACGUCAGAGGACUCUGUCGGGAGCGACGACGACGAGAACGCCGCUGUGGGCGCUGACGAUGUGUUUGACACACUCUUUGAGUUCUUCCGUUUCAUUGUCAGCUGCAACGGUGGCAGGGGCCUCACAGACGAGUCUCCUACGUGGCUUCUGAGCAUUCUGAACGACCCGCGCUGUGAUGUCCGACAGCUUCAACAGUGGCAGACUAGACGCGUUGUAAAACAGUAUGGCCUCAGUCUCCUUACUGGGCGGCGAGCGUACACCCGCAAAGGAUUCCGCCUUCCAGGCUACAAUCACACCUUCUAUGUCUUGUGCACCAACCCCGUUGCUGCGACUCUGGAGAUCUUUGGAGACCCCGAGAAUGAGGACGGGUUCAUUCUGUUUGCUGGCCCCGUCAACAGUGGUGCGGGAAGAGUCUACACAACCCCUGCGACCGGUACCUACUGGUCGGAGGCGCAGGAACUGCUCGACAUCCUGUUCGGAGAGGGACAGGUCAUAGCGCCUGUGAUAUUGUCAAGCGACGCAACUGUGCUGAGUGGGAAUGAGCGCGUGAAGGUGUGGGCUCUGUACCUGAGUCUCGCCAACGUGCCUCUGAACAAGCGCUGGCGGGACUCCGGACGAGUGCUCCUUGCGCUUCUGCCGUUGCCCCGGCCUGAUAUGAGCCCCGAACAGAAGGUGGAGCUGUUCCAAGAGGCACUCAAGAUCGUGCUGGCCGACCUGAUCUUGGCGUCACACAC